CCCAGGGGCGGGGCGACGCCGAACUGAGGCGGGCUGGCUCAGUAAAGCAGAGGCAGCGGGGGAAGAUGGCGGCGGCCGUUCCACAGCGGGCGUGGACCGUGGAGCAGCUGCGCAGCGAGCAGCUGCCCAAGAAAGACAUUAUCAAGUUUCUGCAGGACCACGGUUCAGAUUCGGUACCAGAGUUUCUUGCAGAACAUAAAUUAUUAGGAAACAUUAAAAAUGUAGCCAAGACAGCGAACAAGGACCACUUGGUUACAGCCUACAACCAUCUUUUUGAAAGUAAGCGUUUCAAGGGUACCGAAAGUAUAAGUAAAGUGUCCGAGCAAGUGAAAAAUGUGAAACUUAAUGAAGAAAAACCCAAAGAAACGAAGUCUGAAGAAACUGUGGAUGAGGGUCCACCAAAAUAUACAAAGUCUGUUCUAAAAAAGGGAGAUAAAACAAACUUUCCCAAAAAGGGAGAUGUUGUUCAUUGCUGGUACACAGGAACACUACAGGAUGGGACUGUGUUUGAUACUAAUGUUCAAACAAGUUCAAAGAAGAAGAAAAAUGCCAAGCCUUUAAGUUUUAAGGUUGGAGUGGGCAAAGUUAUCAGAGGAUGGGAUGAAGCACUCUUGACUAUGAGUAAAGGAGAAAAGGCUCGACUGGAGAUUGAACCAGAAUGGGCUUAUGGAAAGAAAGGUCAACCUGAUGCCAAGUAUCCUUUUUUCCUUUCAUAAUUAAUGAAAAAACUCUUAAGAAAAAUCAUCCGAAGAAUUCCACCAAAUGCAAAACUCAUUUUUGAAGUGGAAUUAGUGGAUAUUGAUUGAAAUAGCAGUGCUUCAGAUCUAAAGACAUCAGCAACAAUGAUAAAAUUUGGCCUUGAAGAAACUUAUAUAACCAAUUAGAGCUUGUUAACUAUUCUAAGGGAAGAGUCAACUGGAAAUUUCAAGUAAUUAAGUUAAAACUUGUUUACUUGAUCCCAACAUCUGAGAAAUGUAAUCCCUUAUAAAUCCUUGAAGUCUAAAAUACUUUACUACAGCUGUGUAAAAUACUGGUUAAGAACUGUUUUUCCUUUUACCUCAUAUUGUAAACUAAAAGGCUCAAUAAAAAUUUACCCA